ACAGGCAAGAUGAUGAAAUACUUUGGUAUCUUCGUAGCGGCGAUCGCGGUGCAUCAUGCAUCUGGCGAUGGAGGCUUUGGCUCUGGAGGACACGGAGGAGGACUCGGAGGACAUGGAGUGGCUGUCGGAGGAGGCCACGGCCUUGGAGGACUCGGAGGAGCUGUCAGGGGCGGCCAUGGAGGGUAUGGCGGAGGCGUAGCCACCGGCUUCAGCGUGUUCAACCUCGGAGCCCCUCUGGGAGGCUACGGUGCCGGUGGCUCCUCCUCAAGGCGCGGUGGCCUCAUCGGGGGCUCCUCCUUGGGGCAUGGAGGCCUUGCCGGCGGCUCCUCCUUAGGGCACGGUGGCCUUGCCGGCGGCUCCUCUUUGGGGCACGGUGGCCUUGCCAGCGGCUCCUCCUUAGGGCACGGUAGCCUCGCCGGCGGCUCCUCCUUCGGGCACGGUGGUCUCGCCGGCGGCUCCUCCUUGGGGCACGGUGGCCUCGCCGGGGGCGCCUCCUUGGGGCACGGUAGUUUCGCCGGCGGCUCUUCAUUGGGGCACGGAGGCCUUGCCGGUGGCUCCUCCUUCGGGCACGGUGGCCUCGCCGGCGCUCAGUCCCUGGGAUUUGGCGGCCUUGAUGUCGGCCAUUCCGUGGGCCACGGGGGCACCUUGGCCAGUGGCGUUCACGCCGCCGGCCUCGGGGGGGUGGUCGUCGCUCCCCACGGGGACUCUUACGGGGUUCUGUAAGGUCUGUUUCCCACGCAUGAUCAUUAUUUAUUGGAAUGGAAGAUGCGACCUGGAGUCUUACUUAAAUAUAAAA